UCACUGUGUUGGUAAGGAACGUUUAGGCUUCGAUAAUUUUCUUUUCAUUCACCUCCGUUCUUGUUUCAUUGACGUUUUUCUUGUUUGUAAAUAAUAAAUGCUGGAAAUAGUACGCAAUGUGAAUUUACACGCAUUCCUCUAUCAAGUGUAUAUUACGUAAACGUUGGGCAUCGAUGUGUAAAUAAUUGAAGGCAAUUGUUCUAUCAUAACCUGUUGUUUUGAUAUUCCACUAGUACAUUGAAGCUAUGAGAGGAUAAUGCCGCCGUUUAGAAGGAAGAAGGCGUCCAAAUCUUUCCCUGUUAAAGUGUGUACAUUGGAUGCCGAACUCGAGUUCAACCUUGAGUGGCGUGCAACUGGUCGUGAUCUUUUCGAUCUAGUAUGCAGAACUAUUGGCCUGAGGGAGACAUGGUUCUUUGGAUUACAGUUCGAAGACACAAAACACUUUAUAAGCUGGCUGAAAUUGGAUAAAAGAGUACAAGAUCAGUGCGUCUCCCAAAUGCCUGGCACUCCGUUCAUGCUGCUCUGCAAGUUGUACCCCGAGGAUGUGGCCGAAGAGCUGAUCCAGGAGGUGACCCAGCACCUCUUGUUCCUGCAGGUGAAGCAGGCCAUACUCAGCAUGGAUAUAUACUGUCCGCCGGAGGCGUCAGUGCUGCUGGCCAGUUACGCUGUGCAGGCUAAGGUAUUUUUUUACGGUGAUUAUGACGAGAAUGCAUACAAACCAGGCAUGCUGGCCAGCGAGGAUCUGCUGCCGCAGAGGGUGAUCGACCAGUACCAGAUGACACCAGAAAUGUGGGAGGAUCGCAUUAAAAUAUGGUACGCCGAUCACAAAGGCAUGUCGAGAGAUGAAGCGGAAAUGGAGUAUUUGAAGAUAGCACAGGACCUAGAUAUGUACGGUGUUAACUACUUUGCCAUAAAUAAUAAAAAAGACACCGACCUGUACCUAGGUGUGACGGCAUUAGGCCUCAACAUAUACGAGAAGGAUAAUAAACUGACCCCGAAGACGACGUUCCCGUGGUCCGAGAUCAAGCAUAUAUCCUUCGACGAUAAGAAAUUCGUGAUCAAGUUCGUCGAGAAGACCGUCACCAAUUUUAUAUUCUUCUCGCCUAAAGGAAUGAAUAAAUUGAUCUUGGACCUGUGCAUCGGCAACCACGACCUGUACAUGAGGAGGCGCAAGCCCGACACCAUGGAAGUACAGCAGAUGAAAGCACAGGCCAAGGAGGAGAAACAGCGGAGACAGGUGGAACGCAACAAGCUGGCCCGCGAGAAGCAGCUGCGCGAAGCGGCUGAGCGCGAGCGAGCCGCCAUGGAACAGCGGCUGCUGCAGUACCAGGAGGAGAUCAGGCUUGCUAACGACGCGCUGCGGCGGUCGGAGGAGACGGCGGAGCUGCUGGCGGAGAAGGGCCGCAUGGCGGAGGAGGAGGCGUCGCUGCUGGCGCAGAAGGCCAGCGACGCCGAGCGAGACAACGCGCGCCUGCGGCUCACCGCCAUCAAGACCGAGGAGGAGAAGGUGCACUUAGAGCGGAAGACCCGAGAGGCCGAAUUCCUAACGGCCAGGUUAGUCGAGGAGUCGGAGAAACGUGCGGCGGAGGCCGAGCGGCUGAAGGCCGAGCUGGUGGCCGCCAGGGUGGCCGAGAAACAGGCCAAGGAGAAGUUGCUCAACUUCCUGAGCAGGACCUCCACCGGUUCCUUACCACCGUCAUCAACAGUGCCAUCGAGUUUGUUCCCAUCGACGUGUUCCCUGCCGGCCGAGUUGGGGGGCGAAGCCCUGCAGAACGGCAACGCAGUUCCGUCGGAGCCCGAGCUUAACUCUUACCAGUUGGUUCCAGACGACUCCGAUCCACAUAUACAUAGGUUGUCGUUAGAAAUCGAGAAGGAGAGAGUGGAAUACCUGGCCAAGUCGAAGCACCUCCAGCAGCAACUGGACGAGCUGCGGUGCGAGUUCUCGGUGCUACGCGUGGACCGUGCGGCUGCGACCCUGGACCGCCUGCACGAGCAGCAGGCGCGCGCCGGCGACGACAAGUACUCCACCCUCAGGCGGCUCAAGCAGGGCUCCACCAACACCAGGGUCGCCUUCUACGAGGAGCUGUGACUUCCGUACCCAAGUACUAAUGGUACUCAAGUACUAUGAAAAGUAAUCACAAACACGCACAGUAAGUGAUAGAUAUGACAAUAACUAGUAAAUAAUUUAUUUAGUUAGUAAUUAAUGUAAAAGCCUUAUGUUAUAUCACUUUUUAUAUAAUGCAAUUGUCCGAUUACGAAAGUAGUGGAAUUGUGCCGUCCCUAUGUCGCUCUGAAGCUGUGACCGCAGCGCUACGCAAAUAAAGAUAAUAAAAAAAAAAAGUAACUACGCGGUUUUUGAACGAGUUAUUUUAUCUUUGGAAGAUCUCGAUCAGUCGUACUAGGUUAUUGUAAACUUAAAAAUACAUUAGGUUUUUUUUUGAAGUGAAAAUGAAGUAGUGAUCUCGUGUUCGCUAUCUGUGUACUUUUUUGGGAUACUAGUGAGGGAUUAAUGUUGAGGAUGAAACAGGUCAGUUGGCCCAUAGUGACGAAUUCAACAAGAAUUCAUCCUCACACGCUUGAACCUAAAUGGUCCCGUACAGUACGGUUUCAGAGAAAUUUUCUCCUGCGAACGCUCAGGCUGUGGAGUAAGCUCCCUGUCGAAGUUUUCCCUAGAGACUACAGUAUGGGGUUCUUCAAAAGGGGUAUAUUAAGUGACUCCGCUAAUGUUGCAGGUGUCCAUAGGCUACAGUGACCGUUUACCAUCAGACGUACUGUACGCAUAUUUGCUACUUUUGUGGUUAAAAAAAAACUAUGGUGGCACACAGGGAGAACCGUGAAGGGUCCAACUAUAUUGCUCGCAAUGGAGCAACUAUACCCCAUUACUCACAAUCUCUUACCCCUUAACUCGAUAAGUUUAGGUCACAUGACUACGAAUCGACCUGUUUUGUCUAUGCCUUGCUUACUUGUAGGACGUUUCUUUUAAAUUGGCCAAACUUGUCAAAUUAUGUCGCUGCGGUCAUAUCUUUAUGGGUAUUGAAACAUAAAAUUCUCCGUUCUUUAUUGUUUUGUAAUCGAAGUUUAAAAUUAAAAAAAAAAAAAACUAUCGGUAAGUUUUGUACAAUAUAUUUUAUAUGAUUGCUAAUUAAAUCCUAUUUAUUGAUCUCUUAAUAUCUCUAUAUAGGUUUUAAACGAAACACUGUAGUCUUUUGAAAUGAAAUUAUAAUUGUAAGUCACGUGACAACUCAAGUGUAACUCGCAAUAGAAUUAAAAAGUUAAUUUUACGAAACUAGGUGUUGCCUUGUGAAAAACCAUAUGGUUGUUUAAUUUAUUAGAAUUAUUUUAUUUAAUCCCGCUACCAUUAUUUAUUUAUUUAUUCAUAGGAAAACCAGGGCUAUGCUAUAGCAAAUAGAUACAGUUUUAGGAUAACAUAAUAAGCCAUUAAUAGGUUUUCACAAAUAGCAACAAUAUAGAUACAAGGCGCUGUACACAAAGCUACAAAAAUACGAGUUAACAAAAAAAUUAUAUGUAUGACUGGCAACACUCGAAACUUGACCACCAUUAUUUCUGCAAACUUUCAAUUAAUUAAUCAGGCGUUCUCAUUGUCCCGCCGAUUGGUAGGGUGGGCGAGGUAGUGGCCUCGGGGCGUGCCCCAUUGCCCCAGCUUUAACUCCGAAGGCUACCACCUCCGGGUCACUUGAUUUUAAGACAGACCACCCGUGUAUGUCGGCUUGACAUUUUUUUCUAUCUUCUAUAUUGUUGGUGUCUUGUAUAGUUGUGUUGGCUGCUCCUCGCUCAUAUAUAUAUAUAUAUAUAUAUAUAUAUAUAUA